AAUUUUUCAAUAAUAAAUGUGGGGAAUGUGAGCCGGGGAACUUCGUUCUGGUUGCAAACCAAUCAGAACUGCAAGAAAGGCCUGCACUUUCUACCUGGGGAAACUUACUUUAAUUUCUGCUCACAACUUGGUAUAAGGAUGGAAGAGGGGAGCGAAAUGAGGGGAAAAUAUGUGGCUGAUAUUUCCUCCAUAAGAGAAGCUCAAGAACGCAUCAAGUCAUUCAUACACAAAACUCCAGUCCUCUCAUCCGAAACUCUGAAUGCCGUUGCGGGGAGGAGGUUGUUCUUUAAAUGUGAAUUUUUCCAAAAGGGUGGAGCUUUCAAAUUCAGAGGUGCUUGCAAUGCUGUUCUUUCUCUAGAUAAUGAUCAAGCUGCUAAAGGCGUUGUAACACACAGCAGUGGUAACCAUGCUGCAGCAUUGUCCUUAGCUGCAAAACUACGGGGAAUUCCUGCUUAUAUUGUUAUUCCGGAAAGUGCUCCAAAAUGCAAAGUUGAGAAUGUCGUGCGUUACGGUGGUCAGGUUAUCUGGAGUGAGGCCACAAUGCAGUCAAGGGAGAGUGUCGCAAGCAAGGUAUUGCAAGAAACUGGUGCAGUUCUUGUCCAUCCAUAUAAUGAUGGGCGCAUUAUAAGCGGGCAGGGUACCAUAUCAUUAGAGCUUCUGGAGCAAGCCCCGGAAAUCGACACUCUCAUCGUUCCAAUAAGUGGAGGUGGUCUGAUAUCAGGGGUGGCAUUGGCUGCCAAGUCUAUCAAUCCCGCCAUUCGAGUUUUUGCUGCUGAACCUAGUGGAGCUAAUGAUGCAGCUCAAUCUAAAGAAGCAGGUAGAAUAAUCACGUUGCCUGAGACCAACACCAUAGCUGAUGGACUUCGAGCUUUUCUUGGAGAUCUUACCUGGCCCAUAGUGCGAGAUCUUGUUGAUGACGUCAUAACUGUGGAGGACAAGGAGAUAAUCGAAGCCAUGAAACUCUGUUACGAGAUUUUGAAGGUUGCAGUAGAACCUAGUGGAGCAAUCGGCCUUGCUGCUGUUUUAUCUGAUAAUUUCAAGAAAAAUCGUGCUUGGAAGAAUUGCAAUAACAUAGGAAUUGUACUUUCGGGAGGUAAUGUUGAUCUAGGCAAGCUAUGGGAUUCAUUUAAACAAUGAAAGUCAGCAACCAGCUCUUGUUUGAGCGCCAGCUAUCCUGUGCCCAAUGAACUGAUAUUUACCCUACUUGAUGAUGUAAUGAGAUUAUUUUGAGUAUUAUAUACUUUUUUGGCAAAGAAUAACCUCAUCCUUUGCUGUUAUAAUCA